UGCUGAUCGCUGCGGCCUCCUGUAUGCGUUUACGGUACACAAUGUCCCACGUCUAGCGCUGUUACUCUCUUAUUCUCGGUAGAAAUCAAUUUUUCUCCAACACAAACGCCAGCUCGCCGCCGCGUCGUUUCGUGUUGUGGAUAUUGCAUUUAUUCGAUACAACAUGUUGUUUUUUGGAACGGAUAUCGUGUAAACUUAUCAUAAUAUACUCGUGUGGUUUUUGUUUUUUUGUCGGAUCGUCGCGUUUAGUGUGUUAUUAUUAAUAUUUUUCGAUUCGUCAACAACCGUAACCCGCGGGUGCCAUAUACCACUAAUAAAAACCUAAGAUGAGUCCAUCACCAAAUCAUAAUUCGUUAGCACACACAUUAAGGAAUAUAGUAAAGCAUGAGAAAAAUGUUAUUCAUAUGGCCAAUGGUUGUCCUAUUAUAUUGAAUACGGCACAUCCCUUGACUGAAUUUGUUUCUGACAGUCAACCUGAAUCAACUCCAAUGUCUGCAAAUGAAACUCCUUUGUGGGACUUGACUACAUUUGAAAACCGCUUGAGAACAUUUAAUGAUGAAUGGAAAUUGGAAUUUUUAACACCUAAUCAAAUGGCAAAGGCAGGAUUGUAUUACCUAGGCAAGCAAGACCGUGUACGAUGCAUGUUUUGCUCCAAGGAAUUUGAUUAUUGGCAACGUGGUGAUGAUCCGCUUGUAGAGCAUAAACGUAAAUCUCCACAAUGUCCAUUUUUUAAAGAAAAUACAGGAUAUGAUGUUUGUGGUUUAUACGGAUCUCCACCUUCCGACAAGAGUUCUAAUGAAGAAGCAAAAAAGAUUCAGAAUUUUUUGGAUUCUUUGGGAGUAGUACAGCAAAUAAAGACUCCUAAACAUAAAGAAUAUGCUACUUAUGACGCACGCCUGGCAACAUUUGAUAAGUGUGAGAAAAAGAUGAAACAAGAAACUCAUACUCUAUGUGAAGCCGGCUUCUUUUAUAUAGGUGAUGGUCAGAAUGACCAAAUGUUAUGUUUCUGCUGUAGUCAAGGUCUUAAGGACUGGGAGGAUGACGACGAACCAUGGACAGAACAUGCACGAUGGUCCCCAAAUUGUAGUUAUGUGCUACUAAGUAAAGGCAAAAAUUUUGUAGAUGAAGCUUGCGGUAAAAAAAAAGAAAUUCCUACGAUAGAUAAAGAAGAAUUGACCAAGUUUAUUGCCAAUCAUAAAGAUAAUUCGAUUCUCGAAAGUAAUAUUAAAGUCAGUUCUACUAAAAGGUGUCACAUCAUCUUUCAACGUCACAAUCUGAGAAAACGUGUUGAUCAUCCUGAAACCACAGACAGCAAUCAAAUGACUGCAUCAUUGUCUGAAAUCAAUCUACGCCUAUCCCAGCAAGACCCGAACACUAUGCCUGAUUCAAUGUUGUGCAAGAUAUGUUUUAAAGAAAAAAUGAAAGUGGCGUUCAUCCCUUGCGGUCAUGUUAUCGCUUGCAUACAAUGUGCAAUGACUCUUGACCAGUGUGCUGUGUGCAGGCAACCAUUUACAAUGGCUAUGAGAGUUUAUGUGUAUAUGGAUGAAAAUAAAAACGAAGAAAAAGAUGAAGAUCUUAAUCAGUUACCAUGCAGUUCUUCCCAGUGUUCUGAUGAUCCAGUUGAUCCAAUGUUGUGUAGAGUGUGUCAUAAAGAAGAGAUGGAAGCUGCAUUUAUACCUUGCAGACACGUUUACGCAUGUGUAGAAUGUGCGACGAAGAUGUCUGAAUGUCCCGUGUGUUUAUUACCGUUCUAUGCCACUAUGCAAGUGUACUUAUAGGGAUCAUAGAAUCACUGAGUAACUCGGUGAAUACCAAAGAUUUAUACAUACGAUGACAAUAGUUAAGUAAAGUAAAAUUGAAUGUUGCUAAACGUCCUAUUAAUUAUUUUUAAUCUAGUUUUAAAUGUGACACAGUUAUUUUAAACUUAACACGUCUAGGAUCAUGAUUUAACAUAAAAGUUGUUGAUAAAAAUGAUCAUAAAACAAAUAUUUUAUAUUUUCUUGAUCUUUCAUUUUUUUUUUUGUAUCGAGCUCUUCAUACACAGCAGCAGUUUUCAGUUUUAUUAUGACUUACUUGAUUUUAUUUAAAUAAGAUUGCGUUUUAAGUAAGUUAAAAUCAAUUUCAUUCCAAAUGCAUUUUUAAAUUAAUAUUGGCGAUGUUUUCAUGGUUUUGUUUUUUGAAUUGGUUAUUAAUUUAUUUUUAUUGUACAUAAUAUAAUUUUAGUGUGAAACCAUUCUAGUCGUAAAUUAUGUAGUUGGUAUAAUAUAUAUAUUUUAAAGUCAGUAAUGCCUAAAUUUUAAACAGCACUGUAGUGGGUCUCCAUUUAGGAUUGCUUACAUUGUAUUGUUGGUGUUUUAAAUCAACAAUUCAUUAGAUUCUUAGCGUACGAUUAAUGAGACUGAUUUCUUAAGGACCCAUAUUUUUAUUGUGCGAUUAUUGUUAUUUAGAGGUAUACACCUUUUAGAGACACUACAAGUUAUUUUUAUACAUUAAUUUGAUUCUUAUAUAUUUAUUUUGCACUCUGGUCUCUGGAUAAUAUUAUAGCUCUUAAGAAUAUAAUCUAUUUCCAUGUAAUGAUGUUUUUGUAAAUACACAUUGUUUCCCUCUUGAUUUCUGUUAUAAAUAAUUGAGUGAUACAGAAUAAGAAGAAAUAAAAACUACUCAUUUUAAAAUUACAUAACAAGUGUUUAUUUUUUUUAUUUUUAAUUACAAAAAGUGUUAUUUUUAUA